AUGUCUCUCAUCAAUACCUUUUUGCUCUCGUCCACGUCAGCAUCAGGCCUAGCCUGUAUUGACCACAUCAUGGUCUCGGGCUUGGCUCCUAAUGGCGUGCAGGGCAUCGAUGCCGGCUUUGCAGAGAACCCUCAGCAGGAGCCUCUCGUCCUAAUGUCGGCAACCGGCCGAUACGCCAGUAGGACUGUCUUGACGGUGAUCCAUGCUGCGUUCGGUGUCGCAUCCUGCUCGCUUGCCGGAGCCAUUGCUUCACUUCAGUACAAGACCCUUGGCUGGUCUAGUGAAUUUUGGGGCAGGGCUGAUGCAGACACUACGUGGAAUUUGUGGGUAAACAAUGUCUCGACGGUUGAUAGGGCUACCGUUAACUCCUAA